UCACAGGUCAGCACCGCUCUCCAGUAUGCGCGCGCAUGGCGCUUUCACUAUGUUUCCUAAAACGCCUACAUGCGCAAUCCAAAAUAUCGAGGAUUCCAGCAUGUCCACGCGGAUGCCAUGAUUCCAGCAUGUCCACGCGGAUGCCAUGUCAGGGAUGGCCUUGCCAGCCCGCAUGCGCCAUAACAUGACCCACGCCACAUAGUGGCCCAUUCGUUGCUUUCCACCGUGAUCGACGUGCGACUCGAUCCCCACCAGCCGGUAGCUUCUUUCCUCUCCCCGGUCAUCCACCUUGUAGACCAGCGGACACAUGACCGGCCGUGGGUCUCUGUCCUCGCCAGACAGGAUCGGCUCCUCCUGGCCGGUCACGGGGUGCCUGCGCACUCCCGCUGGCUUGAGCAGAUAGCGGCUGAUGGACACUAGGAAGAGCUGCCGGUGGGAAUGAAUCUCCUUUGUUAUCCGAGUCGGGGUGCGCUUGGCGCACAGGGCACAGUCGACAUCUUCAACCUCGCCGCCACUAUCCGUACCACCACCCCCAGUGGCCCAGCCGGUGAUGGCGUCCUCCAUCUUGAUGGGAGCCGUCUCUGGGUGGUAGAUGUCGUAGUGAGGCCGCUGUGCGGCUGCCAACAAUGUGUGCGCGUAUUCUGUUUUGUGGCGGACGGCGGAGCAGAUCGUGCACUUGAUAGUGGUGUCGAGGGAGGCACCGAUGAGCCGGUGCGUGGGGAUCUCGCUGAGGUGGUCGGCCUCAAAUUGCUGCUCUUGCCUCCCGGAGCGCUGGCUCAUCUCAGAAUUGUCGAUCAGCCUGAAUUCAGAUGGUCUCAGCCCGAUCACACAGGUGAUGGGACGUGCUAUUUGUAAUGCCUUACCCGGCGAAACACUCACUCGCGUCCUGCUCGGCCUUCGGCGUGAAGCUCCCGUUAAUAGAGCUGAUAUUGUCGACCCACUCUUUGAGAUAGAGACUCCGCCGCCGUCUCCCGUCUGCCACAGAUUCUCGGUAUGUGUGCAGCGCCAGUUUCUCGGCCAGACAUAGGAAACACAUCCCCGUCCACAGUCCGUCCUCCACAGAGAGCCGUCCCACGUCUCCACGAUGAGAGACGGCUCGGCUCUCGCAACAUGUGCACGAGUGGAAGUGCGAGACGAGGAAACGCACGAGGGACGGGGCGUGCGUGAGGAGUUGGAGCAGCCCAAGCAGGUGGCAGGUCAUCUCAGCUUGCCCGCUCCUUCGUAUAAGACCGACAAGCGCUGGCUCCAAGUCAGCAUCGUCUCCCUCCUGCAGCACAUCAUCGUCGGCUCCGAUAAGAUAUCUCCGAUUCGAGAUACGGCUCUGCGGAGAAGCAGCCAUUGGAAGAUUGACCCUCUGCUGCGUUUGAAGAUUGACGCCCAAGGGAGACGCGCCAAUCGUGAUUGUAAAUUCUUCCAGCUGGGAUGCUGGUUGUGGCGCUCUGUUUGCGUGUUUUGCCGAUGGCAAGGCAUGGCGGUAUGAAGAGUAUCCGGGACUGCAGCACACGGACACACAUCCAUGAUGGUGUAUAUCGUAAGAGGGAGCAAUGUGUAGUCAUCGCAUGGAGACCAAUAAACAUCAUGAGAUAUGCUCAUGUCCGAAGGGGAAGGGGGGCCUAGGCAUGUCCGCGAAGCAUCCCUCGCUCCGCCAUACAUGAAUCACACAGAUUGACUGACAUGCCGUCGGCGCUUCGGGCACCUUCGGUGCCCUCCGCAUUUGAGUCAAUCGCUGGCUAGUCGUUGCUCGGCUCGGCCCUUCGGGCCUCGCCUUCGC